AUGGUAUACAUGAGCAGCAGCCGCAUUGCAAAUGUCGGAUUCGGCCCCCCUGACCAGAAUCCCAGCAAAGCCAGUCGUGCAUGUUGUGAAGUUGGAGCUGACGGAGUGCCUAGUAAUCCUGGUGGCAAAGAACUGCCCGUCAUGAUGAAGCAUGUGCAUUCAUUGCAAGCUGCCAACAUUGCUUCUUCACCCCGUGAAGCUUCUCGUUCACGUCGCAUCACAGAUCAUCAAGCACCAUCCUUCCAACCUCUGGCUCACCCAACACAUUCACCCGCAACAUCGACACCAGUAGACGACAUCGCCACUGAACUAUUUGCCAUCACCCUAAGCAACAACAAGGCCGAUCCAGAUAGUCAUAGCAAACUCUGGGUUUCCCGAUCAGAAGUUCAACGGGAUAAGGGCAAAAGCUACUCUCUGGAUGCCACAGCUAAUCUAGUGUCUGGACUCACUUUGGAUGAUACGCAAUAA